AUGAUGCCAUCUUGGUCAGCGCAGCAAGCGCCGAGCGUGACCCAGCAAACACCAUCUUACGCCUAUCCGACGAAUCCUGCCUUCAUCCCCGUCGCCGUUCGUCAAGGAUUCAAUCAAUUCGGAGCCCCGCCUGCUCCUUACGCUGGUUACGCACCUCCACCGCCCCCUGUGCAACCCCAAAUGUCUUCUUCGCCCGUGAAUGGUGCAACCGCCACGCCAGAGCAGGCCAAAUCUAAAGUAGACUGGCCCGAAUCUGUUCGGAGCUAUGUUCAACGAUCUUUCCUCCCUCAAAACGAUGAACCGACUGUGGCUCGCGCGGAAGUCGAAGCUAAGCUUAAGGACACCAUCGGCACCGCAAAGGCCAACGGCACAUUGUAUACACUCGACUGGGACAACAUGCCUCUUCCCCAGGCCUUGGUGAAGGCCGAACGUGACGCGAAUACCAAGCAAAGUUUCCAAGUGCCUAUCAACUCUAAGAAGAGGAAAUCUACCGAUUUUGCCAGUAAUGACAACUCCCAGCCACCGUGGCGUACUAACUCUCGAUCUUCGCUCGAAGAUCGUAUUUCAUUUUCCUCUCCCGAAAAGCGUGCUUCUAUGGACGAGCCCCUCCCUAAAUCAAGUAAGUUCCAGAAGGAAGCCAACAAACGCAAACGUCGCUUCGAAAACGAAUACAAGUCGCUCCGAUCGCCCAGCCCGCCUCCGCCAUCAUCUGGACCCAUCGUCGGCACUUGUGAGGUACUGGAGAAGAAGUAUCUUCGUCUUACUGCUCCUCCAGUUCCGGCCAAGGUCCGACCUGAACGUAUUCUACGCCAGACACUUGAUCUUCUCAAGAAGAAGUGGAAGCGUGAGAGCAACUACUCGUACAUCUGUGACCAGUUCAAAUCCAUGAGACAAGAUUUGACUGUGCAACAUAUCAAGAACGACUUUACUGUUUCUGUUUAUGAAAUUCAUGCGCGCAUUGCCUUAGAAAAGGGGGAUAUUGGUGAGUAUAAUCAGUGCCAGACCCAGUUACGAUCACUGUACGGGAUGGGCCUGAAGGGCAACCCCAUUGAGUUCAAGGCGUAUCGCAUUUUGUAUUUUAUUCACACCGCCAACCGAACUGGCCUGAACGACACUUUGGCAGAUCUAACCACAGCAGAGAAGGAGGAGAAGCCGAUUAAGCAUGCACUGAAUGUGCGAUCAUCUUUGGCACUGGGAAACUAUCAUAAGUUCUUCCAGCUUUACUUGGAUACCCCUAACAUGGGCGCAUAUCUAAUGGACAUGUUUGUCGUUCGAGAACGGCUUGCUGCAUUGUGCAAUAUUUGCAAAGCAUACAAGCCGGAUGUCAAGCUUCGUUUCAUCACUGAGGAACUCGGUUUCGAGUCCGAUGCUGAUGCAGCCCAGUUUAUCAUCGAUCAGCAAGGUCAACACUUGUUGGAAGACCGAACAGACUACAUUGCAUUCCUGACUGGCAAAGCCGGUUCCCUAUUCGAGGGUGCGCGUAGCUCAGCAUUCCAAAAAGUUGAUAUCAAGGGUCAGAUCUAG